UUCGACCAUUUUGACAUAGUGUGGCGGUUUCAUUGAUUUAUAUAAGUAGAUAUAUUAUUCAUUGUGGAGAAAAUGUGUGAUUUAUGUGCAUACAUUUGUGAUUUAAAUAUAGAAGUAAUUUUUAAUGUCUGUCACAAUUUGUAAUUCCGAUAGUGGUAUUUCAUGUUAAAUAAUUUAAGGUAACCUCAAACAGUCAUGGAAGAAGAGGAUGCAUUUAUACAAAACUUGGCUUCUAUGUUGGAAGUUUCGCUAGUAGAGGAUACGAACUCGAUGGUGACAUUAACUGCAGCCGAAGAGUCGACAGGAAAUAGUGGCGAAACGAAACAGAAUAACAUCAGCGUAAAUGGUGUAGCACAUUCUGCUCAAGAAUCAGUUUCAGAAGCAAAGUCAGCAGAUGUGUCUUGCACCCCUGUUGAGGAACAGGUUAAAGCACAGGGUGCACCUGAUCCAGAUUCAGAAUCUCCUUCAAAAUCAAUGUUAACAGAUGUGCCAUUCCUCUCUGAAAAUGCACUAGAGACUGCAUUUGACUUUGGACAUCAUGAGUUAUUGACAUCAGAGAGCCAGUCCCAAACAGAUGUUGAAGACGAAGAGAAACAGAUGUAUUAUUCAUGUUUUAAGGAUCUGAAGAAGGUGAUGUACCUGCGGCUGCACUGCACAGUUUGCGAUUGCCAUAUUGGGUGCACACCUGCAGCUGUCUCCUUGAUGGCCUUCCAUAAAUUUCUUCGUGUACUUAUAUGCAGCGACUGUGAAAAUUUCUAUGGAAACGGGGAUUUUGCAUGUGGUGAUGAUGGCAGUGAGACAUUCUGCCGUUGGUGUGGUCAGGGUGGGCAGCUCUACUGCUGUAGUCAUUGUCCCAGUGUAUUUUGUAAGAAAUGCAUUCGUCGUAACUUAGGUAGGAAGACCGUGAAAUUGAUAGAAGAAAGUAAUGAGUGGACGUGUUAUCGGUGUAAUGUACGUCCUCUAUGGGAGCACCGUGCACUCUGCUGGGGUCUGAGCAGCUUUCUCAAAGAACAGAGCGAUGACAAGACCAAAGUAACUGAAGAUGUGGCUCACCAGACUCCAGGUUUCAAUUCGUUACUGUGCUGUGAGGGAGAGAAGCUUCCAUAUUACCGAACAUCUCAGCCUUUGAGACCCAUUGUGUGUUCUGUUGUAAGUAAUACACUGAAAGUCAAGAAUAUACAGUCUCUCAUGACCCCAAGCAACCAGAGGAAUAUACUGCAUAAUGCACUGACAUCAGGUGCGAAAGCCUUGGAACCUACUGUGCCAUCACCUGCUAUCAAGACAAGUUCAUAUACUGCAGUUAAUCCUGUGGGUAGUGUUUCCAGUUCCUCCCAGCCUGUUAAUGUUGUAGCAAGCCUGGCCAAAAGUAAUGAUGAGCACUUGAUGCUUUCUAAAAAUCCCAACUCUUAUAAUGUUUCAGACUCUAAGGCACCAGAUAAGCGAGAUGGAGGCAAGUCAAACUCCACUAUAUUUGUUCCAAAUAAUCAGCUUAAACUCACUUAUGAAAGCGUGUUCCUCAAUCAUCUGGCGCAGUCUGGUGCACAAAGUCAAACCCAGAACCAGAAUCAAAGGUCUCGUCAGAACUCCGCUGUUCCAAUAACAGCUCAUGUCAGUGAUCGUAGACCUGUGAAUGUUGGGGCCUCUGUGCCAUUGAUGUAUGUUCAGGCCCCUUCAGGCACAAUAUUAAUGUCCUCUGCAUCCAUUUCCACUGCUGGUCCAACAGUGAAUAAAGUCCGUAUCAAUCAGAGUAACACAAGCGAGAACCUUACAUGCACAGUGCCUGCUUUGAAUGUGGCUCCAGCACAGUGUAUUCAACAUGCUGUAAUAACACCCAUUCCUACCACCUGCUACGCGAUUAGUGGAGGCUCAAAUGUGAUUCCAAAAGCGAUCCCUAUAUCCAGUUUUUGUAACCCUCCUUCUCCAAGUUCUGGCCACACUCAGUUUACAUGCCCACCUUGUCCAAAUGUGAGUCCUCAGAAAAAUAUUGUAAGUGAUGUACAAAUGAAAGACAUAUCUAUUAUUGAAGGUGAUGAUGAUGAUAUCUUUGUAGUGUUUAGCAAAGUUCAGAAUUUAACCGAUGAACAAAAUGCUGGACACGAAUGGAUGAUGAAAGCUCUGAUGAAAACUGACCGCACUUCCAGAAUACUUGCAUACAACGUGGAAGUUCUCAAACAGACACUUAUGCUUAGAAACAAGAAAAAAAAAAUGAGCACUAAGAGUAUAAGCCAUCUUGCUGGAAAAUUUUAUCGGCUACUGAAGAAAGCAUCUAAGAGUUUAAACUUUCAAAGAGAGUUUCUUUCAAAGGAAUUUAGUGAUUGGUUGAAUGCAGAAAAGACAAAACGUGGGAUCCCAACCACUAAAGAAAGAGAACCAAGUUCUUCACCAGCUAAAGAUAAGACUCCUGAUGCAGAAACCACUGAGGAACCAGAAUUGCUUCUUGACAUGGAAAUCAGCUGUGAAUCUGAUCACGAAGAUGUAUCCAGCUCCGAUAGUGGAGUUCAAAAAGAACAAAUUGAAUGCAAUGAGAACCUUAGUGGCAGCGAGACUGACUCCGAUGACCCUUUCACUGACUCUGAAAAUAGCAACUGGAAAAAUGUGUUGCAAGCAACUUCCAGGCCCUUUUUGUCACGCACAGUUAAGGAACUUCUGAGAGAUAAAUUUAGCAGCAAACUGCUACUUCAGCUACUUACAGAACAACAUUCAAAAACAGCAGACCCUGAAAACAAACAGAUUUCUUCUAGAAAAGAAUUCCAGCUCAGUGAUGCAUCAACUGAGACAGCUGCUCUUGGGAAGGAGGACUUAACUACUGGGAAAAACAAGUGUAAUGUCAGUACACGGAAACAGUGUGCAUAUACAGGUGUUCUGCCAGAGCAGAUAUCAGAUUCUGGUACCUCCUCAGUACGUUCUGUUCAGAUUGGUGUAGGGUCAGGUAAUGAAAAUGAAAAGCAUGUUAGGAUGGAUUCUGUUGAUCCGAUCAGUGAAGCUAUACAGAAUUCAUUAAUGGAAAGUUCCUCGAGCAGAACAGAUGACAUGGCAGGGAGUGAAGGAAGCCAUAGCCACAAAACUCCAUGCCAUAACGGUGGGACGUCACUUGACCCGAUCAGUGAAGCUAUACAGAAUUCACUAUUGGAAAGUUCCUCGAGCAGAACAGAUGACAUGGCAGGGAGUGAAGGAAGUAAUAGCCACAAAACUCCAUGCGAUAACGGUGGGGCGUCACUUGACCCAAUCAGUGAAGCUAUAGAGAAUUCACUAUUGGAAAGUUCCUCGAGCAGAACAGAUGACAUGGCAGGGAGUGAAGGAAGUAAUAGCCACAAAACUCCAUGCAAUAACAGUGGGACGUCACUUAAUCCAAUCAGUGAAGGUAUACAGGAUUCACUAAUGGAAGGUUCCUCGAGCAGAAGAGAUGAGAGCAGGAGUGAAGAAAGUCUCAGAGAAGAAAUUCCAUGCAAUGACAGUGGGAUGAAUUCUGUUGACAUAAUAUGUGAACCUCUACAAAAUUCACCAAAGGACACUUCUACCAACAGAACAGACAAGAAGAAAUGGAGUGAAGAAAGUUGCAGGAGUAAAACUCCAUGCAGCAACAGUGGGACAUCAUCUGUUGAUCCAAUCAGUGAAUCUAUACAAAAUUCACCUGCGAAGAGUUUCCAUAGCAGUUCAGAUGAUAAGACUGAAAUUGAAGAAAGUCAGAACAAAACUCCACAUAAUAAUGGCAAAACAGAGUCUGGCAGUCCAAUCAGUGAAGGAAUACAAAUUUCACUAAUGAACUGCUCUCCCAGAAUAGACAAUAAGUCCAGUAAUGAAGGAAGUCAUGGGGAGAAAAAUCUGCGCAUCAGUAAUGGAAUGGCAUCCGUUGAUCGAAUCACUGAAACUAUACAAAGUUCUUCAGUGGAAAUCUCCCCUAGCGGAACAGAUGACAAUACCAAGAAUGAAAAAACUCCAUGCACUAACGGUGAAACAGAGCCUGUAGAUGCAGUCAGUGAAGCUGUUCACAAUUCACUAAUGGAAAGUUACCCUGCCAGACAAGACAACAAAACUGGGAAUGAAGAACGUGGAAGGGGUGAAACUCCAUGUGAGUACAGUAGUAUUGGUACUGCCCAAAAUUUUGUCACACAUGCAGAAACUAAUAAAAUUCAUACGAGUAAACCCCUCCAGAAGAGAACUGCUUCAAAACGUAGCUGCAGUGCUGUGAACAGAAAGAGGAAAUACCAGUGUAUAUCAAGUAAUGAUAUGUCUUCUGACGGUAAGGAAAACUCUUGUGGUUCUGGAAGGAGACCUGCAAAGACAGUUCGAACAGAUAGUCCAAGUACCGAUCCUAGCCCCUCAUCUGUGGUAGUUCCAAUUAUUAAAUUAGAGAAGACUGAAAUACCAGUUAAUGAUUUUACAGCUUUGGUUCAUUCUGCUGUGCAGAAAAAACUUAUUAAACCCUGCUUUGUCUCGGUUGUGAAGCUCACCAGAAACAACUAAUGCAGAUGAUCACCAUACACCAUACAAGUUAGAAUUAACUUUUUCAAAUACUGAGGUUUCUGUUGGUCUUCUGGAAAGAAGGAACUGUUUAUGUCCGUGAGUGUUGUACAGUCAAGUUAACUGUGAUCAUAUGUUUGGGAUAUGCAAGAACUUUUUUCUACGUCCUUUGUUAUAUUUAUGUACCUAUGCAAUUGUUAUAUAAAGUUCUUUGAAUAUUAUUAAAUAUAUGUUUAGCUAA